CAUUAUAUUCCAGAUCUGACAAGAACCUUCUCCAAGGCUUUCACCUUUAUAUAACUCGUUUGCUCUAAAACCGCGUAUUCUCUAAAAUCUCUGGUUUCUUCGUUUGUUUUUAUCUCGGAGAACACAAAAUUAGGGUUUUCUUGCUUCAUAUUUGAGCCCAAAAAAAAAAUGGCUGAUGGAGGACCGGACUGGGAAGGAUUGCUCAAGUGGAGCAUCGGUCAUUCUGAUGGUACUCGUCCCCCUCGUAAUUUGAGUGAAGAGGAUAGGAGAUGGUUUAUGGAAGCUAUGCAAGCGCAGAGUGUUGAUGUGAUAAAGCGAAUGAAGGAAAUUACACUUGUAAUGCAGACUCCUCAAAGUGUUUUGGAAGCUCAGGGAGUCACUGCUGAUGAUAUUGAAGGUAUGUUGGACGAGUUACAAGAGCAUGUUGAGUCUAUUGAUAUGGCCAAUGACCUUCACUCCAUUGGUGGUUUGGUCCCUCUCCUUGGAUACCUUAAGAACUCUCAUGCCAAUAUUAGAGCGAAGGCUGCCGAUGUCGUGACGACAAUUGUCCAGAACAAUCCACGUAGUCAACAACUGGUUAUGGAAGCAAAUGGCUUAGAUCCUCUCAUUUCUAAUUUUACGUCGGACCCUGAUGUGACUGUCCGAACCAAAGCCCUUGGCACCAUAUCAUCUUUAAUCCGGCACAACAAACCUGCUAUCACUGCAUUUCGUCUCGCAAAUGGGUACGGAGCUUUGAAAGACGCUCUAAGUUCUGAAAGCGUGAGAUUUCAGAGGAAAGCCUUGAACUUGAUCCAAUAUCUGCUGCAUGAAAAUACUUCAGACUGCAAUGUAGUUAGCGAACUUGGAUUUCCUCGUAUAAUGUUGCACCUAGCCUCCAGUGAUGACGCGGAGGUACGAGAAGCCGCUCUUCGCGGCCUUCUUGAGCUUGCUCGAGACAAAACAGAUGGCAAGAGUGGUGGAUUGGUUGAAGAUGAUGAGAAACUGAAGCAGCUCCUUAAAGAGAGAAUCGACAAUAUCAGUCUGAUGUCGGCUGAAGAUCUUGGGGUAGCAAGAGAAGAGCGGCAACUUGUGGAUUCCCUCUGGAAGACUUGCUAUAACGAGCCAUCUUCUCUUCAUGAGAAGGGGCUUCUUCUUCUUCCCGGGGAAGAUGCACCUCCUCCUGACGUUGUCAGCAAGCAUUUCGAGCCUCCUCUUCGAGCUUGGGCGGCAAGUCCUUCAACUAAUAAAACUCCUGAUACUGACAAAAAAGCCACUCCACUGCUUCUAGGUGCCGGUCCUGCACCUGGGGCUGCAGAUAUUCAACAUAGUUCUAGUGUUACAAAAGAUGCUAAUAAUAAUGGUGUCUCGGAGGGAAAGCAGUAACGUUGUUUUGGGUUUAUCUGUAUGAAGUAAGUAGGCAUUUUUUUUUCUUUUUUUCUUUUUUAGUAAUUUGAGAUAUUAAACGGUUUUAGUUGUGCGCUUUUAUGUCACUUGUUUCAUUAUGGGGCUCGUAUGUAUCAAAAGGUGUGAGGUGGUUUCCCAGCAGUGUAUUAUUUGCUCUUCUUGUCUCAAUAUAAUUAUAUAUCGUCACUUAGUGAUAAAGUAGAGCCUUAGCCUGGUAUCAGUUGGAUCAAGGCUAUAUAAUUUUGAUUUGUAAUUAUGACUCGUUUUGUAUUCAUCUGAAAGUCUGUAAUGCAUAUGCUUUUACUAGCUCUGCUAUCUA